UAGAUGAGAUCGAGCUAUGGCCGCCCUGCAUCGAGGCCAGCCACUCAUACAACAGGAGCAAUAUACAAGGGGGGUCAAGAUGAUCACGACCCAGCGGUGCCGGCUGCGGGAGCUGCUUGUAGCGGUGGCGGUGGCGAUGGUGGCAAUGGCGGCACCGGCACUAGUGUGCGGGAGGGACCUGAACCAGACGAUGACGGUGCAGGCGACGCAGCAGCAGGGGAGUAGUAAUAAGAAGCCGCUGGUGACGGCGCUGAUCGUGUUCGGCGACUCGAUCGUGGACCCCGGCAACAACAACAACCUGCCGGCGACGAGGAUGAAGGCCAACCACGCGCCCUACGGCAAGGACUUCGCCGGCCACGUCGCCACCGGCCGCUUCUCCAACGCGCUCCUGCCCCCCGACCUCAUCGCUCGGAGGCUUAACUUGAAGCCACUUCUUGGUCCGUGGCUGAACGUGGAGCACACGCCGGAGGACCUGCUCACCGGCGUCAGCUUCGCGUCGGGCGCCACCGGGUUCGACCCGCUGACCCCGCAGAUCGUGAACGUGUUCACCAUGGACCAGGAGCUGGAGUUCUUCGACGAGUACCGGCGCAGGCUGGUGGGCAUCGUGGGGGAGGCCGAGACGCGCCGCAUCAUCGCCGGCGCCUUCUUCUUCGUGGUCACCGGGACCGACGACCUCGCCAACACCUACUUCAUGACGCCCUACCGCGCCGGCGACUACGACAUCCCGGCCUACGUGGACCUGCUCCUCGUCGGCGCCGAGGCCUUCCUCCGCAACACCAGCGCGCGGGGCGCCAGAAAGAUGGGCUUCACGGGGAUGCCGCCCAUCGGCUGCGUCCCCUCGCAGCGCACCAUCGGCGGCGGGCCGCGGCGCCGCUGCGAGGCCCGCCGGAACUACGCCGCGCUCAUGUACAACAAGGCGCUGCAGCAGCUCAUCGACAGGCUCAACGCCGACCCCACGUUCCACACCCUCGUCGUCUACUUCGACAUCUACGACAUCAUCGAGGAGCUCGCCGUGCACGGCGAACGGUGGGGGUUCACGGAGCUCACGCACGGCUGCUGCGGCUCCGGGCUCAUCGAGGUCACCAUGCUCUGCGACACGAGGUACAUGGGGGUGUGCGACGACGUGGACAAGCAUGUGUUCUUCGACAGCUACCACCCCACGCAGAGGGCGUAUGAGAUCAUCGUCGACCACAUCUUCAAGAACUACGUGCCCCUCAUGCAUCUCUGAUUGAUUCGCCCAUCCAUUCUUAUUAAUUUGAUUAUAGACGACGCAUGAUAUUGUUGUACUAUCAGUGGAAUGCAAUGAUACUUCCUUAUAUUAAUUAGCUGUUACGGAUUUAA